AUGACAAUCCAACAAAAUCUGGAAGUAAUUCCUCGAUUUCCCAAACGACGCGAAAUUCGGAAACUAUCCGUAAACACCACCGUCACGCUCAACGCCAUACCCGCUCAAUCACCCAUUCCACUUCCAACCUCCCCUUCCAAAAUCAUGACCCUCUCCGCCUUCUCCAGGGACCUAUCUUCAUGGGGCGUACCUCGCUGGCCAUUCGAGCCCAAAAUGGAAUGCAUACGUACACUUUUACUCGAACGUUUAGGUCUACGAGCUGACGUGCCUUGCAUCGUAUCCUUUGAUUCCCGGACUGCAUUCCGGAAAAUAUAUAAGGUGAUUAUUUAUCAAAAGAUUAGACUAGAAGGGGGAAGAGAGGAACAGAAAGAGAGGGUUUACUUUCUGAGCGUGAGAUAUCCUCUACAGGAGAGUGAAGAAACAUUGAGUGAGGUGGCUACCAUGAAAUUUGCACGGAAAUCGGGGGCGCCAGCACCAAGAGUAAUUGCUUGGGAUGCGGAGAGAAAGAAUCGACUGGGAUUCGAAUGGAUUCUGACGAGGAAAUUGGAGGGUAAAUCUCUCAAAGACGAAUGGGGCAAUCUAACAUUUGACCAAAAAGAAAAUGUGGUGAAAGGUAUAGCGAAAUGCCAAGCAAAACUUUUUGCGACAAGUUUUGACGAUAUAGGAAACAUUUUCGACGCACAGGAUACGAAUAGUUAUGUCACAGAUCUUCGAUACGGUGAUUUCAAUACAUCAUAUCAACUAUCGAGGGAACCUCGGCCUCUUGUUGGCCGAAUGCUAUCGAUAUCUUCAAUAAGUGACCUGGACUCAUAUUGUUCAUUCCCGGACAGUGCUUCUUAUUUGGAAGCUCUUUUAGUCCCUAUAUGGAAAGAAAUAUCGACGACACUACGGGACUCGACUAAUGAGGAAGAAAUGAUCGAAGCACAAAACCUCCAGAGGCUUGUUCAAAAGAUUCAUGUUAAGAUUCUUCAGUUGUCUCCUGAAACAACAGUUUCGACAGUACUUAUUCACGACGACUUAUCGAUGAGGAAUAUGCUGAUUGAUGAGUUGGGAAAUUUGACGGGGAUUUUGGGAUGGGAAAAUGCGAUGGUUAUGCCACUGUGGAAGGCAACCCAAUUUCCUCAAUUUUUGAGUGGCGACAAUGCACAGCAAUCAAAUACAGAAGGUCGGAAAGAAGUGAAUGGCAACCGAGAGGUAAAGAAUGAAGUGCUAAAAUUGAGGCGUCUCUAUGACGAGGAGGUGGCAGAAAGGGUGGCCGCUUGGAAAGAAGAAAUUCAUCAAGGGAAGACAAAGAGGGACCUUGGAAUUUGCAUGCAAAUAUUCUAG